AAGAUAUAGAUUGAAUAAAAAUGAUGAUAUUUUAAGUCAUAUUGUGCAAUUUUCCAAAAAAUUGACAGAUAAAUGAUAAUAUAGUUAGAAAUAAUCAAAUAAUAUAAUAAAUGAGCCGCUAGACAUGGCUCACAGACUCCUGGCCACAGCUAAAAAAUUGGAAAAACUAUUGUGGACAUCAUUUCAUAAUGGAAAUAUUAAUACUUUAAAGUUGCAGCACAAUCUGGCAGAGCUCAAACUCGCAAACAGAUUACCAAACAUCGACAGUCUACUAAACGAAUGGCGUCUCUUUUGCGAAAAGCCCCCAAAAGGCUUCGAGAAAUUCUUUAAACCUGGCGGAGUCACCAAAGAUCCAUCCUCCAAAACUGAUGCAAAAGAAACAACACCGCCUAAAGAUGUACCACCUAAAGCAAAAGAAACUACAGCAUCUAGGAGCACCCCACCGCCUAGUAUGACUUCACCUAAAACUGGGAAGGAUAAUUGGAAUUUUGGAGUCUUCGGGAAUACUAGUAGAGGCACGAGUGGGAAGAGUUUUGGGGAGAAUGAGAGGGAUAAGUGGUUUAUUAUUGGAGCGAUUGGAACUGUUGCUUUGUUGGGGACUUUGGCUUUCUUUGAGCUGAAUUAUAAGGAAAUUACGUGGAAAGAGUUUGUAAACAAUUAUCUAUCAAAAAUGAUUGUCGAAAAAUUAGAAGUUGUGAACAAAAAAUGGGUUCGAGUGAGGCUUGCAGCUGGAAAUACAGUAGCAGGUUCUAAUACAUUAUGGUUUAACAUUGGCAGUGUGGACUCAUUUGAAAGGAACUUGGAAAAUGCACAAAUUGACUUGAAUAUUGAACCUGUUAAUUUUAUUCCGGUUAUUUAUAAAACAGAACUAGAAGCAGCAAAUCUGAGCGGCCUCCUACCAACUCUAUUAAUAAUCGGUUUCCUGAUUUACAUGAUGAGAAGAUCUGCUGAGAUGAUGGGUGGUGGACGAGGAGGACGUAAAGGUGGUGGCUUGUUUGGAGGUGUCAUGGAAUCCACAGCUAAACUUAUUAAUUCUAGUGAUAUCGGAGUCAGAUUCAGCGAUGUUGCUGGUUGUGAAGAAGCCAAGAUUGAAAUUAUGGAGUUUGUAAACUUUUUGAAAAAUCCUCAACAGUAUAUUGACUUGGGAGCUAAAAUUCCCAAAGGUGCUAUGUUGACGGGACCUCCUGGAACUGGUAAAACUUUAUUAGCAAAAGCAACAGCAGGUGAAGCCAACGUCCCAUUCAUCAGUGUGUCUGGUUCAGAAUUUUUGGAAAUGUUUGUCGGUGUUGGUCCAUCCAGAGUCCGAGACAUGUUCUCGAUGGCCAGAAAACAUGCACCUUGUAUACUUUUUAUUGAUGAAAUCGAUGCUGUUGGAAGGAAACGAGGUGGUAGAAAUUUUGGAGGUCACUCUGAACAAGAAAAUACUCUAAAUCAGCUCUUGGUGGAAAUGGAUGGUUUUAAUACGACAACGAAUGUAGUUGUUUUAGCUGCAACUAAUCGAGUUGAUAUUCUUGAUAAAGCCUUGAUGAGACCUGGAAGAUUUGACAGACAAAUAUUUGUAGGAGCCCCCGAUAUUAAAGGCAGAGCCUCUAUUUUCAAAGUGCAUCUGCAAAACUUAAAAACUGAACUCGACAAAAUGGAUCUUGCUAGAAAAAUGGCAGCUUUAACACCAGGUUUUACUGGAGCUGAUAUUGCAAAUGUGUGCAACGAAGCAGCUCUGAUUGCAGCUAGAGAUUUAAAUAAUUCAAUUAAUAUGAAAAAUUUUGAACAGGCUAUUGAAAGAGUAGUUGCUGGAAUGGAAAAGAAAACAAAUGUCCUGCAGCCAGAAGAGAAACGAACAGUGGCUUAUCACGAAGCCGGACAUGCUGUAGCCGGUUGGUUCUUGCAGCAUGCAGAUCCAUUGUUAAAAGUCUCCAUAAUACCUCGAGGAAAAGGUUUAGGAUAUGCACAGUAUCUACCAAAGGAACAGUAUUUGUAUACGAAGGAACAAUUAUUUGAUAGGAUGUGCAUGACUUUGGGGGGCAGAGUCUCAGAAGAGUUAUUCUUCAAGAGAAUCACAACAGGUGCUCAGGAUGAUUUACAAAAAGUAACCAGAAGUGCCUAUGCCCAAGUAGUUCAUUAUGGUAUGAAUGAGAAAGUGGGCAACGUCAGCUUCGAUAUGCCACAACCUGGUGAAAUGGUCACAGAUAAACCUUAUUCUGAAAGUACUGCUCAAAUUAUUGACCAAGAAGUUAGGACUUUGAUUAAAGCAGCGCAUGUGCACACAACACAGCUGUUGACAAAACAUAAAGAAGAUGUAGUCAAGGUAGCUGAAAGAUUAUUGAAAAAAGAAAUUCUGAGUCGGGAAGACAUGAUUGAACUUUUAGGCAAGAGACCCUUCCCUGAAAAAUCUACAUAUGAAGAAUUUGUAGAAGGUACGGGUUCCUUCGAAGAAAAUACACAAUUGCCAGAAGGUCUCCUAGGAUGGAACAAAGAGCAGCAGGCGAAAGACAAAAAGGGGCCUGCUGAAAUAUCCACCGAAAGCAAAAACCCUCCAGCGUGAUCAAAUUUGGCCAGAACACUCACAGUAGUAGUAGCGAGAUAAAUGAAUGAUAUAAAUAUAUACCUGUGUAUAUAUUAAUAUUGAAAUGUAUAGAAGUUAAAUACAUAACCUCAAAUAUAUAUCUAUAUUUGUAUAUAUGUAUGUAUAUUUAUAUAUUAAUAUAUUUAUAUAUUUUUUAGAUUUUUUUUGUUUUUAGCUUUUAGAAUAGAUUUAUGAA